GGUGUGUCCAAAAACUUUAUGUAGUCAUAUGAUCUAAAAAGGCUAGAAUUCGGCUGUAAAAGCAUUCCCAUGCUGGAAUGUUCAGUACUUUUUGGAUUCCAGACAAAAAGUUGUCUAAGGAUUGUGUUAUCUUCCUUUAGAUUAGUAAUAUUGGCAGUGUAAAUGAGAAAUGUGACAUUGAUAGAUAGGUGUAAAAAGAAAGAUCAAAGGCAGAGAUGUUCACACCUGAAGCCAUCAGUGACAAAAGACAACCAUUCAUCUAAAGUUAAUCAAACCACUGGUCAAUUUCUGUCUGUGUACUCUUGAGCAGCACAAUGUAUUACAAGUUCUUUUGACACAUCUGAAGACCUGCUCUGUCUGUUUGAUGAAUUUCAUAUUUGCUUUCAGCCUUUCUCCACUCCCCAUUUCAUAAUCUUUUUCACCAAUCUAAUUCUGCAGCAACAAGCUAUAAGCAUCUGAAGGCAUUUCAAAGGUCUGGGUCCAUGAGCUUAAUCCAAUUAGUGUUUAGUAGACCUUCAUUUUUGAAUGGAUUUCAUAGAUCUCAUCCUAAUUAAAAUAAGAGCAGGGAAUAUACUGAUGCAAUAAAUUACUAACAAUCUAUCCUUUGAAUUGUAUGGUCAUAUGUACUUUAUUGUUAAUAUUAAAGAUAGAUUGUCCUAGGCUGACAUCUGAAAUUCACUCAGUCCAUUUGUCAGUUUUCCAAGAAAUGAAUAGCAUUGACAUGAUGAAUGAUUUUCAUCUGAAGAUUUUGACACAACUGUGAAUCCAGUAACCAUUUAAAAGUAAGCCACACUGAAGAAGAUAUGCAGUUAAAGCCUCAAUAUUCCAUACUGCUGCAUCAGCUGAGGAGCCAAUAAAAUGGAUAAAGUCACGUCUAUUCAUCUGUGCCUUGGAACUGUUCUUGUUGUGAUUUCUAUGCACACUGUGCAAACCAAACCUUAUUUAUUACAGGAACUGGAGCUCGAAAGCAAAUUGAAGCAACUGGAACAGCUGGAGAAACUGAAGGAGCAGCUCAUGGAAGGGAAGACUUCUGAUAUAACAUAUGCUGUGAAAGGGAUAGCAUCCUCACACCCUAACAAACAAGCAUGCUUUUGGAAAUACUGUGUGUGAAGGUUGCCCAGCAACACAGAGCUGUUUCCUUUCAGGGUAUGUUAUAAUUUGGCCACAUUACUGAUAUGGCAGUAACAAGGAAGACCGAAGAUAUUUCUAAAGCAAUUUCAUUAGUUCCUUUGUGCAGCUUCUUGUGUUUAUCUAUUUAUUGAGAGCUACAAAUAAUGCAUAGAGCCAGUGACACGUUUACUGUUUUAUUUAUUACUGUUCAAAACUACAGCUUCAUUUAUGUCGCGUUAUACUGUAUAUUAUAAAAAAUAUUUAUUAUAAUCAUUCUAAAAAAAGUCUAUUUUGAAAUGAAAUAAUAUGUUGUGUUAUAACUACUGAGGCAAUGUCUGUUUUUAGUUUUUGCUGGCACUGUAUUCAUUAGUUGCUUCUAAUAUAU